CUAUGAGAGUACUCGCUUCAUUGAUCAGCAAAGCACAAUCUCCAUGGCCACGAACUCCGCUCCGGCGCAGGCGCAGGCGGCGGCGCUGCCACUCUCCGGCCGCGUGGCCAUCGUCACCGGCGCGUCGCGCGGCAUCGGCCGCGCCAUCGCCAUCCACCUGGCCUCGCUCGGCGCCAGCGUCGUCGUCGGCUACGCCUCCAGCUCCGGGCCAGCCGAGGCGCUCGCCGCCGAGCUCCCGAGCGCGGUGGCCGUGAAGGCCGACGUCUCCGACGAGGCCGGCGCGAGGUCCCUUUUCGACGCCGCCGAGGCCGCGUUCGGCGGCGGCGCCGCGCACAUCCUCGUGGCCUGCGCGGGCCUCGCCGUCAGCACGUACCCGAGGCUGGCCGACACGUCCGCCGCCGACUUCGACGCCGCGUUCGCCGUGAACGCCCGCGGCGCGUUCCUGUGCCUCCGGGAGGCCGCCAACCGGCUGCGCCGCGGCGGCGGCGGCCGGAUCGUGGCCGUGUCGUCGACGCUGGCGGCUACGCUGCUGCCCGGGUACGCGGCGUACGCGGCGUCGAAGGCCGCCGUUGAGGCGAUGGUGCGGGUGAUGGCGAAGGAGGUCGGGGCGUCGCGGGUGACCGUGAACUGCGUCGCGCCGGGCCCCGUGGCGACGGAGCUGUUCUUCGCCGGCAAGAGCGAGGAGGCGGUGGAGAGGUUCAAGGCCGGGAACCCGAUGGGGCGGCUCGGCGAGGUCGGCGACAUCGCUCCGGUGGUCGGCUUCCUCUGCACCGACGCCGCCGAGUGGGUCAACGGCCAGGUGAUUCGAGUCAAUGGCGGCAUUGCUUAGCUAGCUGACUAAGGCAAAUCAUCGAUCAAUCAAAUCCUCUUCCUUUAAUAUACAUUCAAAUUGGAGAGAUUGGAUUGAAUAAAUUAGAGAAGAUAAGCAAUUUUGUUUUAUUGGACUAUACUACCUUCAUUUUCAUUUUAGGUUAUAAAACGUUUUGACUUGGUCAAA